UUUGUUAUCAAAGUGCAGGACCACCUCGUUAUCAGCGCGUAGCCCUAAUGAGUCACAUUUGUAUUAAAAUACCAGCAAACUGCGAAGACGAGGCAGUCACUUGUGAACGAGAGCACUGAAAACAUGGCAGAUCGUACGCCGUAUUAUGGUUGGGGCGCCCCACCACCCCAUGGCUAUCCUCCACCGCACGGUCACCCUCACCCCAUGUACCCGGGUCAACCCGGGGUAGUGUUCUACCCCGUGCACCCCGCGUACUUCUACCCCUACCCUGGUGGGCAAAUGCCUCCGCCUCCCGAUGGCGGUGAAGUCACUGUGGUCGAUAACUCAGAGCCUGAAUUGCCCGGAGAAACUGUCGAGUUGCCGUGGAGUACAUACCGUUGGGUCCCCGCAUGCUUGAGCCAGCGCUCCAUCCCCCCCGGCGCGCUGCGCGUGGGCACCGAUGUGGACGGAGACGAGAUCUACGCCGGCAGGGCUCCCCAUGAGGGUGACAUCCUGCCCGCCAAGGUCAUCCCCACCAAGAACGCCUGCUACGUUUGCUGGGGUGGCGAGGAGAUCGUCAAGGAUCAGUUUGAGGUGCUAGUCCCCGCGAUGUUCUCGUGGCAGUUCUCCACUGGUGGAGAGGUUCCCCCCGGCGCAGUAGCCGCGGGUGUCACCGCUGACGGCGAGAAGUUGUACUACGGAAGAGUCACACAUGACGGAUGCACCACUCCUGGCAAGAUCCAGUCUAGUCACGGCGUCUGCUACUACCCCUUCGGUGGCGAGGAGAGGAGCUCAGCCGAAUACGAAGUCCUCGUCCUCAUGUAAACUAACAUUAUCAUUAUUUAUACUGUAAAAAUAUAAAGUAAUAAUCGUUAAUUCUACCCUAGAUACUAUGAAAAAAAGUCUAUUUUUCAACUUGCUCAAAAUCAGGCGUUACAUUUUCUUAUAUGAUUAAAAGUACACUAUUAUUAUUAUUUAAUGAGUACGUGGGCAGUUUACAUAAGCAGAGAUCAUUUUUUUAUUAUGAAGUUUUAGAAUAAGUCGUUAUACGUAGAUAUGUGUGACUACAAUACGUUUUGUCGUAGACUGCUAUACCUAAGUAAAUAAAGAUUUUAUCGUAUAUAUUUA